CUCCUCCCUCCCUCCUCCGCUGCGUUUCCUAGAAAGUUGUAUCAGUGUGGCCGUGCAACGCUAAGGCGGUUCGCCUGCUCGAACCGCCAAUGUGUGCCGGAGGAAAUAGCGUGGUGGUUGUGAGAUUUCGCCCCGAAGACGCCGCGGAACCCCCACCCCUCAAGGGUUUUUUGGGGGGUUUGCUGUUAGCGGGGAGCUCUGUCACCCUCCGGCUGCAGGUUUAAGGAGGUGCCGGAGCAGGGAGAGCGAGACAUGGAUCUGGCACCCUGCUAUGCCAGGAUAUUUCAUACUUCGACCCCAUCGUCUGGGUGGGUACCGAGGGGCACCCACAGUUCCUUGCAAUAAGAAAAGGAGAGGGAAAUUGAUCGGGACGGGCUCCUCCAGAAGGCAAGUGUGGAACGGGUUUAAUUUGGUUGCUGGAAGGAAGCAAAAGAGAAGCUGUCAUUUGUGUCUGUGUGUCCCUAUACGAGGGCCUCCUGGUUCCUUGUUAGCUUAUAGAGAGGGAAAAAAAAAAAAAAAAAAAAGAAGCGUUUGAUGUUACGUCUGACCAGCUGCUGUUCUCCAUAAUAACAAGAGAGAGAACUGCCUGCCCUGGCGAGUUGCGUCACUUCGCUUCAACUUUAGGCUAGAAAUCAAGAGAGGGAGAGACAAGUUUCAAGGGAGGCAGGAGCGAGCUGGAAAGCCCUGCCGUCUUCCUCCCACCCACCUACCCCUCCUCCUUUACCCCUCUCCUAUCCCCACCCCCUUCCCCCCUCCAAAAAAAAAAAAAAAAGGGAAAAAAAAAAAAAAAAGGAAAAACCUUUCCCAUCAGAGAAAGAGGGAGAUCUCUUUGGAAACAUGGAGCUGCUGUGCUGCGAGGUGGAUCCCAUGAGGAGAGCUCUGCCUGACCCGAACUUGCUCUACGAUGACCGCGUUUUGCACAACUUACUAACCAUAGAGGAAAGGUAUCUGCCCCAAUGCUCCUACUUCAAGUGCGUCCAGAAGGACAUCCAGCCCUUCAUGAGGAGGAUGGUGGCCACUUGGAUGCUGGAGGUCUGCGAAGAGCAGAAGUGCGAAGAAGAAGUUUUCCCUCUGGCCAUGAAUUACUUGGACAGAUUCUUAGCUGUGGUGCCCACUCGGAAGUGCCAUCUGCAGCUGCUGGGGGCGGUGUGCAUGUUCCUGGCCUCCAAGCUGAAAGAGACAAUCCCCCUCACAGCCGAGAAGCUGUGCAUAUACACGGACAAUUCCAUCAAACCCCAAGAGCUGCUGGAAUGGGAGCUGGUGGUGCUGGGGAAGUUGAAGUGGAACCUCGCAGCCGUCACCCCACACGAUUUCAUUGAACACAUCCUAAGGAAGGUGCCUCUCCCUAAAGACAAGUUGCUUUUGAUCCGGAAGCAUGCACAAACCUUCAUCGCCCUUUGUGCCACAGAUUUUAACUUUGCCAUGUACCCACCAUCAAUGAUAGCAACUGGAAGUGUGGGAGCAGCCAUCUGUGGCCUUCAGCUCGAUGAUGGGGACAGCCUCACGGACCUCCUGGCCAAGAUCACAAACACAGAUGUGGACUGCCUUAAAGCUUGUCAGGAACAGAUCGAGGCAGUGCUCGUGAACAGCCUGCAGCAAGUCCGGCAGCAGCAGCAGCAGAGCAAUCCCUCCAAGACAGUGGAUGAACUGGACCAGGCCAGCACUCCCACAGAUGUGAGAGACAUCAACCUGUGAGGACAUGGGCACACAAAGUCACGCUUGCUCCCCCAGACCCUUUAUUUUUGUUAUUAUUUUUAGAGUGAAUUUUUUUAAUCUGCUCCCACAUAGAACAUAUUUAAAGCUCUUUUAGGUAUAAAGAAAAACAAAAAAAAAGUACAAAAACUGAAUAAUGAAAAAAAAAAAGCAUUUGGUGCCUGUGACGUUCUACAGAAGGGAAUCCCACAAUAUAGUUGGUAAUUGCUAUUUGAUUAUGUAUCAGUGAUAUUAAAUGCUUAUAAAAGCAUACAAAGUAGCUAGAUCAAUGUAAGCCUGCAUUUGUGGGAACAAAGUAGAGUAUACUUGUCUGUGUAUUAUGAACUAGUGCAUACACCCCUUUUUUAGAUAUAAGAAAGGAAUCGUGUGUGCGAUUUUAUGGCUUGACUAGAUUGCAAAGCAAUAGAAUAAGGGGUUUAGGGCAAAGUGGGAAAAGAUCCCUGAAGCAAUUGAACCAUUUUGAAUGCAGAAGAGAUUUGCUGAUCUGUCACCUCUGUUAUUAGUCAGAAGUGUUUGUUGGAUCUCUGUAUGUUAGUUUUGUUUACUCUUGCUGUCUGUGGUAGCUGCUACCUAAGAAAGAAGAUGCUUUAUUUUACCAGCCAGAAGAGCAGGUGUCUUUUGGGCUUUUUUUUAGUUGAUUUAUUUUUCUUUUUUUUUUUUUUCCCAACUUCCCCUCUGCCCCUCUUGACUUUUUAUCUACUUUUCCUUCCAAAAUGGUUCAUUCUAAAUACAGCAGCAUGUUUAGCAUGAGGGUAAUUCCUUUUACCCAGCCGUGGGCCGAGCCAAAGUUCCCAAGUAUUCACGGUCAGUGGGGGGAAUGCACACAUUAAUCCCGACCUGUUGGCUGGGCAGACCACCUCCAACCUUUGGAUUGCAAGAUGUGGUGGAUCAUCUAGGAAAAGCAUUAUAUUCCUUUACAGUGCUAAUGCUUCAUGUCCAUGUUAACGUCUGGCAGCUUCUUAGCUUGGCCACAAAGACAUUUAAAUUAUGCUCUGUCCAUCUUCCCUUGUAAUAGCCCCUCACUGUGUUAAAGAAGAUGAGGUUUGGUUUGCUCCCUCGUCUCUCUUCCCCCCCACUCCCCCCACACACCUUUUCAGCAUUUCAUUAACUUUAUUGAUCCACAGUGAGCGUUUUUGUAAACCAUUUCAUUCGAAAAGCACUUUGAAAAUUGUUCCUAAGGGAUUAAAUGAGAUGGUUUAUGACAAUUUUGCCGAGAAAAGAAAAACAAAAAAAAAAAAAAAAAAGAGGAAAAAAAAAGAAAAAAAGAAGAAAAAAAAGAAAGAAGUCACAAAAGCAAGGCUUUGUAUAGCUUUUUAUAGUCAAUAUUUUCCAGUAUCUGGUGUACUCGGUUAGCUGUGGUGUUGCUGGAAAUACCAACACCCGCUUCAGAUGACAUUCCUGUCAUGACAUUCCGGAUAAAAGCCUGACCAUCUGUAUUGUUCAGUGUCACAGAAGGAUCUUAAUACCACCUGUGUGUUUAUCUAUGGACAAGGAAAGAAAAUUGUUGGUGCAACAGCCAUGGUGGUAAACAUCGAGGUGCGUGACUUGGAGUUUUAUUACAAAGGUGUAUUCAGUGUACUUGAAUUUAUUUUCCUGCUCCACCUGUAACGAAGAGGCAUUUAGAUGGCAAAGGAGCUGGAGCAACUUUUGGUUUUUUUGGUUCUAGAUUUUUGGUUUUUUGUUGUUUUUUUUUUUUUUUUGCACAAUUUUAUUAACAGUUUGCAGAUAUCCAAUAUGAAGCUGUUGGUUGAAAUGUUAAUGUUCGCAUUUUUAACACAAAAAUCCAGAAAGAACAUGCUACUUCGAAGAAUAUUAUAUGUAUGGACUCAGCCUAUUUGGCUAGAUGAGGGUAGAAAAUGGAGUAAGAUUCUAAGGUUUUGUUUUUUUGGUUUUGGGGGGUUUUUUGGUUUUGGUUUUUUUUUUUUUUGCGCUGCUAAGAAGCUAUGAUUUGUUUCAUUCUUAUUCACAUUAACAGUACUUAGCUGUAUUGUUUCACUGAGUGUGCUGCUAUUUUAUAAACAUUUUUAUAAUAUAUUAUUUUACUGCUUAAAUUUCAAAUCCUGAAGUAGAUGGUUAAGUGGAGAUAUGAUGAGUUCUUUGAUUUACUGGAAAUGCCCUGUACAGGUUUUUUUUUCCCUAUAGCGUGUUCAUGAUUUUUUAUUUUAUUUUAUUUUAUUUUUUCCUUCUUUCUUCUUACUUUUUUUUUUUAAUCUCCUUCCUUCCCGAUCACAUCCUGCAAAGAUGGUAUACUUACCUCAGGUUUGCUGGACAAGAAAUGGUUCCCAUUUUCACAAUACCUCACACAGUGACAGUUUGGUUGCCCCGGGGCCCGCCCGGGAGAGGUUGCAAGCAGCUGAGGCGGGGCACUGGCUCCUUUUUGGUCUCUGGUAUCCUUUUCAUAGUGGAAAAAAUGCAUUGACUCUCCACUGGUGAGCAGGUCUGUUCUCCCCAAAGCUGCUGCUGGGCACAGCCUUGGCCUCACCUCCCGCCUCGACGUUCUGCGUUGGGAGCACCCGGAAUUCUGCGGCGGUGUCUCUGUCCUGGAGGAAAAAAGCAGCUGAUGUUGUUGAAGCAAGACUGUGGAGCCACACACAGUUUAGAUCAGAUCAGAUCAGGUCAGAUCAUUCCUUGUCAGCCCGGCCCCUUGGCUUUAUGGGGAGCUGUGCCAGAGGGUCCUGAUGGUGGGGUGACCUCUCCCAGUGCUGGCACUGUGUCCAUCAUGUUGGCGUGAUUUGCUCCGUGCCUUAGUCCAGGUGUAGGCAAGAUAUGUGUUUAGGGUGCCUGCCCCUGCUCUUCAUCCAGCCUCCUUCACACCCACAGGCUGAUCCCUGCCGUGGAACAUGGGGCUGAUCCCUGCUGUGGAUCACAGGGGUGAUUCCUGCCAUGGAACACAGGGCUGAUCCCUGCUGUGGAACAUAGGGCUGAUCCCUGCUGUGGAUCACAGGGGUGAUUCCUGCUGUGGAACACGGGGCUGAUCCCUGCUGUGGAUCACGGGUGAUUCCUGCUGUGGAUCACAGGGGUGAUCCCUGUUGUGGAUCACAGGGGUGAUCCCUGCUGUGGAACACAGGGCUGAUUCCUGCCGUGGAACACAGGGGUGAUUCCUGCCGUGGAACACAGGGCUGAUCCCUGCUGUGGAGCACAGAGAUGAUCCCUGCUGUGGAUCACAGGGCUGAUCCCACUGGGUCACCCCUCUGCAGAACUGAAGGGGCAGGGGCUGAGGGCCACCUCCAUGGUCGGCUGCUCUACAGCAGGCUGGGGGCGAGCUGUGGUGGAAGGAGCAGCGCCCUUCAGCAUUCCCACUCCCUGCAGGGUCCUGGUGGGUCUGUGUGUGUCCCCACCAGGGUGAGGAGUGUCCUUGGCUGCAGUGACAUGCUCAGCAAGUGCCAACCCUCUGGUUACAGUGUACUGUUUGAAGACUGCAAACCCUACAACUUGAGUGCUUUCACAUUAGCUUUCAGAAUAAAAUGACUGCCUAGUACUCUCUGUUAACAGAUUUUAAAGGACGUGUGUUGUUUCUGCAAAUGAGGUGUGAGAUUUUCCCCUCCUGAAUUGCAGAAAUCGUAAACCUCCCGAUUGAUUGAUUAAAAAAGAAUAGAAAGUGUGUUGCUGAUUCUGCCUUCCCAAGUGCCAAAGGAUUGGUACAGUUGCUAAAAGCAUUUCUCUCUCAACUUCCAACUAAUGGUACUUUGAUGGUCUUCUCCUCCUUCCCGUUACUGUAGUGUAGGAGCACCUCAUAAUGUAUUUAUUUGUGUUUCCAACUUGCUUGUGAAAGAGAAAAAUACCAAUUAAUGCCAUGUCCAAUUAAUUCAAUGUUGAUGAUUUAUGCUUGAGUAAUUGGACAACUCUUAAUUACUCAGCAAACCACCUGGCCACUGGAUUUUUUCCACUAUGUUUAUUACCAUGUUCUCAUGUACCUCAGAAAUCACUCUUGGUUGCACAGUUUCUGUUCUCAAACUUUUUUGGGUUUUGUUUUGGUUUUUUUUUGGUUUUGUUUUGUUUUUUUUUUUUUUUUUGUUUUUUUUUUGUUUUUUUUUGCUUUAUUGAGUGUGAUGCCAUAUCAAGUCAACGUUAUUCUCUCACAAAUGUGCUCUUUAAGAGGUGUGGAUGAUUAUGUGGUCAGGGUAUGCUAGAAAGUGUGGUAGUAGACAUCAGUGUAAACAAAAGUAUUUAGAAAGUACCUGAGGUUGUUUUUGAUGGAUAAGACUCUGAUACGGUGUAGUCUUGAUUGCCUUUUAAAAGGUUUUGUUCAGUGUUGUCAUUUUUAUUAAUAACCUAUUGUUUUGACUAGUUUAAAGAUGGUUCUAAGAAAAGUGUUUUGGCGGGAUUAGGUAUGCUGUAUGGACAAUAAACUCACCUUGACCUAAA